AUGAAUGAAUGAUGUACACUACACCUCAUACCAACAAACAUCCGAUUCAUUUUCACUUUCAUUCAUUCAGUCAGUGCUUAGUUAGUUUAAUCAUUUUGGUAUGUGUGUGAUUUGAAAUUGCCAAAUUCGGUGAAAAAGGAGAAAAUACUAAUUUUUUUGAAAACGUUUUUUCAUUUGAUAAAUUCAAUCGAUUCUGAUCGAUAAUCAGUAAUUGAAAUAAAUCUUUUCAAUAAAGGAUUUUCAUUUUGUUUUUUUUUGUUUCUCUCCUGUUUGGUUUUCCAAUUGAUUGAACACGAUGAUUUCAACAAGAUCGGUAAUUUUAUUUUUUCUAUUUGUGAUAUCAUCAUUAGAUCAAUCAUUUAAUGUGGAAAUAGUUCCAAAUUAUAAUCAUCAUCAAUUUAAUAAUAAAAAACCAUUACAAUUUACACGUGUAAAAAGAUGUCGUCCAGGUGGUAUUGAUUGUCGUAUGUAUCGUUUGAUUGCACCAAUUCAACGAUCAAAUCAACCAUUACAAAGUGAAUCAAUAAUACAUGAAACAUAUGUAUCACCACCGAUUACAUAUGUAUCAUCAUCAUCACCAUCAAAUCAUCGUUCACAAUAUUCAUCCUAUUCAUCAUCAUCAUCAGCAUCAUCUUCUUCGUCUUCGUCUUCAAGUUCAUCACGGAUAAUUAGCCAUUCACCAAUACCACCAAGUCCAUCGAAAAUAAUCGAAAGACGUAUUGAAAAAUAUCAUCCACCACCACAAAGAAUUGUACAGCAAAAAAUCAUUCAAGAACCAAUUGUACAACAGAAAAUUGUUCAAGAACCAAUCGUACAACAGAAAAUCGUUCAGGAACCAAUUGUACAACAAAAAUUUGAAACUUAUGUACAGAAAACUGUUCAACAACCAAUUGUACAACAGAAAAUUGUUCAGGAACCAAUUGUACAGCAAAAAUUUGAACAACAAAUAACACAGAUAAAACAACCAAUUGUACAACAAAAAUUUGAACGUAUCGUACAGAAACCCGUUGUACAACAAAAAUUUGAAAGAAUUAUCGAAGAACAUCAUUAUUUAAAAACACCACCACCACCAAUCGUACAUGUUGAAGAAAUACAUCAAAUAAUACAGAAACCAACUGUAUCAUUACGUAUAACUGCAUGUCCUGAUGGUCAUUAUCUAUCAUCAGAUGGCACUCAUUGUAAACAUAUUGAUUGUGAAAGUGGAUUUAUAUUCAGUGAUUCUUUAUUAAAAUGUAUUGAUAUUGAUGAAUGUACGGUUGAAACGGCUUGUCUUCGGGAUGAACAAUGUAUCAAUACAUAUGGAUCAUAUGUUUGUAGAAAAAUCUGUACACAAGCUGGUCAUCGAUUAAAUGAACUACAUAAUACCUGUGAAGAUAUUAAUGAAUGUUUAGAAGGUUUACAUAGUUGUGGACAACAACAACAAUGUAUUAAUACACCUGGUUCAUAUCGUUGUGAAUGUCCAAAUGGUUUCCGUAUUGAUGGUCAACAAUGUAUUGAUAUUAAUGAAUGUCUAGAAUCACAUGAUCAUCUUUGUCCACAUGAUGUAUCUACAUGUGAAAAUACACCCGGAUCAUAUUAUUGUAAAUGUAAACGUGGUUUUGAAAAAGAUCAUAAUGGUCGUUGUACUGAUUAUGAUGAAUGUCUUAUUAAUAAUGGUGGUUGUUCACAACGUUGUAUUAAUAAAUAUGGUUCAUAUGAAUGUCAUUGUAAAGAUGGUUUCAAAUUAAGUUCUGAUGGUCAUACUUGUGUCGAUAUUGAUGAAUGUAGUGAAUAUUCACAAACAGGAAUCUGUUCACCACAAGUUUCCGUAUGUGAAAAUACAAUCGGUUCAUAUCGUUGUCGUUGUCGUACUGGUUUUCGUGAUCCUGAUGGUACCGGUAAACAUUGUACAGAUGUUGAUGAAUGUUUAGAACAAACAAAUCUUUGUGAACAAAAAUGCUUGAAUACAUUUGGUUCAUAUAAAUGUCAAUGUAAUCGUGGUUAUCGUCCAGUUGGACCACAUCGUUGUGAAGAUAUUGAUGAAUGUCAUGAAGGUGAUUUUAUUAAUGAUAUUGCAUUUAGUCGUUUCCGUCAUGAUGAUAAUGAUGGUCAUCCAAAAUUAUGUCAAGGUGGUUGUGAAAAUUCAGCUGGUUCAUAUCGUUGUACAUGUCCAAAUGGUUAUAAUUUAGUACAUAAUCAUCAUUGUAUUGAUAUUAAUGAAUGUCAAGAAUUUGGCUAUUGUCGUGGUUCAAAUCAAUCAUGUGUUAAUAUUGGUGGUAGUUUCCGUUGUGUUGAUGAUCGUUGUCCACCUGGUUAUCAUAAAGAUGGAGUACAAUGUAAAAUAAGUCAACGAUUAAAUUAUGCUGAAAUAUGUGAUGAUCCAACUGAAGUUUGUUCAAUUGAUCGUAUUAUUUGUUAUUCAUAUGCAUAUAUUGCAUUCCGUUCACGUAUGAUUAAACAACAUGAACAUAUUGAACAUCAUCAACAACAACAGAUUACAACAAUAACAACAAAAGGUGAUACAAAAUCUGAUAUAAAAACUAAUCGUUAUCAAUCGGCUGUUACUGUACAACGUUUACAACAUCAACAACAACGUCCAUCAACCGUAAUCAAUGGUCGUGGACAUGAAUUCUUUACAUUUAUCGUACCGGUUGAAUUACCAAUUAUUGUUGAUUUUAAAUUACGUUUAGUAUCGGUAAAAUCACCACGACCAGGUGUACGUUCAGCUAAUCUAAAUGAUUUUGAAAUGCGUCGUACAGCCGAUAAUGAAGUACGUUUAGCAAUAAUGUCAUCAUUAGAAGGACCACAGGAUAUUGAAUUAGAAAUUGAAGCUAAAAUGUAUAAAAAUGGUUUACAAAUUGGUAAAAAUUUAGCCAUUAUAACAAUAUUCAUUUCGGAAUAUGAAUUUUAAAACAAAACAAAACAACCGAACAACCACAAAAAAAUCUAAUUUAAUUUAACUCUUUUUUUUCAAGCAUC